AAAGCAGCUAUUUGAAUACCUCCAUUUCCAUCCGUUGGAGCUUUGGCGAAUUCAAAUCAAACUCUCUGUUCUCAUUUAUUUAUUUUAAUUUUCAAAUCAAACUUCCCUCUCUCUCUCUCUCUCUCUCUCUCUCCACUCAAACCAACAGCCUCUUCUGCACACACUCAUCUCUCUCUUCUCAAUCUAAACAAAAACCCUAAAAAAACCUUACUGCGGCCUAACUCCCAUCACGUCAUGACAGCUGUCCCGUCGCCGCUCCCCGGCCAAGAGCUCACCAACCCACCGUCCGACGGAAUCUCCAACCUUCGCUUCUCCAAUCAUAGCGAUCACCUACUCGUCUCCUCAUGGGACAAGAGUGUUCGAUUGUACGACGCCAGCGCCAAUGUGCUGCGAGGUGAGUUCAUGCACGGCGGUGCCGUUUUAGACUGUUGCUUCCACGAUGAUUCUUCUGGGUUCAGUGCCGGCGCGGACAAUACAGUGAGACGGCUUGUUUUUAACUACAAUAAGGAGGACAUUCUCGGGCGGCAUGAUGCACCUGUACGGUGUGUUGAGUACUCUUAUGCAGCAGGUCAGUUGAUUACAGGAAGUUGGGACAAAACACUCAAGUGUUGGGACCCUAGAGGUGCAAGUGGGCAGGAGCGCACCCUGGUUGGGACAUAUGCACAACCAGAGCGUGUAUACUCUCUUUCAUUAGUUGGAAAUCGUUUGGUUGUAGCAACUGCAGGAAGACAUGUGAAUGUCUAUGAUCUGAGAAAUAUGUCCCAACCUGAGCAACGAAGGGAGUCCUCGUUGAAAUAUCAAACUAGAUGUGUGCGUUGUUAUCCUAAUGGAACAGGAUAUGCUCUCAGUUCAGUUGAAGGACGGGUGGCAAUGGAAUUUUUUGAUCUUUCAGAGGCUAGUCAAGCCAAAAAAUAUGCGUUCAAGUGCCACAGAAAGUCGGAGGCUGGAAGGGACAUUGUCUAUCCUGUAAAUGCCAUUGCAUUCCACCCUGUAUAUGGUACAUUUGCGACUGGUGGUUGUGAUGGUUUUGUGAAUGUGUGGGAUGGCAACAACAAGAAGAGAUUGUAUCAGUACUCAAAGUAUCCGACAAGUAUUGCAGCACUGUCUUUUAGCAGAGAUGGCCGUCUUCUUGCUGUGGCUUCUAGUUACACAUUCGAAGAGGGGGAGAAACCUCACGAACCAGACGCCAUAUUUGUCCGCGGUAUAAAUGAGAUAGAAGUCAAGCCAAAACCCAAAGUGUUGCCAUAAUCAUCUUGAAUGAUUGAUUGAAACUGUAGAAUUUGUUUUUGUUGGACAUAGUAAUCAUCCAUAGUAGCCUGCGACGCUCUGCUGCAAUGAAGUUUGUCCUACUUGAUAUGUAUUUUAAAUAUCUAGUUGAAGUGGCCAGACGAUAGAACAAUGUACCUUUUCCUCUUAUAUAGUAUUUGUGGCAAUUACAUCCAUAACUCUUCUCA